AUGACCGCUCUUUCAUUUCUGAGCAAACGAUCUGUCGCAUGGAAGCCCUUGCUUACAAGCUGGACUGCUGCACUGCAAGUGGCUUUGAAUCCGCGGGCUCUUCCUCAUAUGUUGCAGGAGCUCUUCGGCAAGAACGCAAGAGAAUCAGAACAUAACGUCAACGAGGUUCUCGCCGAUAAUGGAAUCUUGUUAGCCGUUCCGAAAAAGAAGGUUUCACAUCAAAAGAAGAGGCAAAAACUAUACGGUCCUGGCAGAAAACAAUUACAAAUGAUACACCACCUCAAUCGUUGUUCUUCAUGCGGACAUUUUAAGAGAGCAAAUACCCUGUGCAUGCAUUGCGUGGGAGAAAUUCGCCACAUUUGGAAAAGUCACACAGCCAAGGAGAUUUCUGAGCCGCAGCAAGAACUAGAGCUGUCAGAAUUGGACAAGAGGGUUCUGUAUCCUGGUAAGAAGGAAACGGACUACGCCAAAAAGCUCAAAGAGAAGGACACUUAUCUGGAGCGUCGCAUGCGAACUCUUCCUGUGAACAAGGCUAAGUAUGACGUCGAGUAA